AUGCCCAAGAAUACAUUGUCUGGAAACCUAGUCCCCCUCACCGUUAUCAAGGGCGCCGGCCACGAGUAUAUCCCCCUCCCGGAGGGCGAGAACGCGACUGUCGCCGAUUUUCACUCAAUCCGAACAAACACAAAGGACUCACCUGCUCACUUCACCUCGGGUUUCUACAAGAUUGUCGCAGGACCCGCUCGUCCCGCGCACUACAACUUUGAGGAGACCAAGUACGUCCUUAACGGUCAGAUCGACAUCUUGGAUGAGGCUACUGGGAUCACCCACCAUCUAGUACCCGGAGAUUUUGCUUUCUUCCACGUUGGAUCCAAGGUUAAGUUCUCUACCAAGUCAGAAGGCCUUGCUUUCUACGCCGUUACGCGGCCCGUCAGAGUUCCCCACCCGAACCUGAAGGGCCGUGAGGAGGACGCAAAGUCCAAGUUGUAA